CUGGUUUCGCCCAGCUCACUCCAGCAGCGGGCUGGCUCCAGAGAUACAAGAGGAUGCAUAUGACAGCACUUGCACCAUGACAACUUUGCUGGACCUGCCGCCCGCCGUGUGGGCGGUGCACCUAGGCCCGCGCCUUUCCCCCCGAGCACUUGCUGCUCUGCGCCAAGCCUCCCGCGCCGCUGCGGCCCUGGUGGACGGGUUCCUCAUCCGCCGCCUCGCGCUGCUGCCCACAGUGCCAUGGUUACUGCAGCGACAAGCCGCAACGCGGGAGGCCCCGCCACCCGAGACUGCUGGCGGGAACGCUGCUGUGGAAGGCAGUUGCCGCGGCGCCGUCACAGACGGCGCUUGUGGGCCGGGCCAGGAGUCGCAGCAAGACCAAACGUCACAGAGAAGUAACGACACGUCCAAGACAGCCAAUGCGGCUGGCGUCUCACAGAUGCUAAGCCAGCGCUUCAGCGACCUGGAGGAGUUGUACAUGAAGCCGGCAAGCGCCCACGACUUCGUGCGUCGCAUUGAUUUGGGCUCGGUGCUGAGGGUGCUGUUAGGUCCGGCCGCGCCGCCGCGCCUGGCGGCGCUGCACCUGGCGGGCUGGCCGCCGCCGCACACGGGACCGCUGUGCGCCGCGCUGUCGUCCUGGUGCCCCUGGCUGCACACACUGGUGUUGGAGGGGCUUCUGGGCGGGGCGGACGACGGCGGAGGAGGAGAAGGAGGAGGAGGAGGAGGAGGAGGCGGUGGUAGCAACGGGUGCCGCGGCGACGGUGGGAGGAGAGGAGCUGGUAGUGGAAGGAGCGAUGCGACUUCAAGGGACGGGCUUGAACGACGUGGUGGAAGGGAGGCUGGGAGGCCGCAGGGAGGCGCCGCGGAGGGCAGCGGCGGAGGCAGCGGCGAGGAGUCGGGCGGGGAGGAGGAUGAUUCGCUGCGAGGGUGCGGAGCCAGCGAAGGCGAUGGUGAUGCAAGCAGGAGCUCCGGGCAGCAGGCGGCGGCGGUGGCGUCUGGUGGUGGGCUAGCAGCGGCUCUGUCGGGGCUGACGUGCCUGCGGCGCCUGUCACUGCGCUACGGCGCAGCGGGCGGCGCGGCAGGCAGUGCCGUGUCUCGACACCGGCCGCCGCGCGCCUGCCCCGACCUGUCGCCGCUGACACAGCUAACGGCGCUGCAGCUGGCGGGUGUGGUGCCCAACGCCGCCACGGCCGCCUCCCUGGCGGGCCUCACGGGCCUAGCCUCGCUGCACCUGGAGCUGCUGCACGACGGCUACGACAAGGGCAUGCGGGUUUUGGACCUGUCCGCCCACACCCGCCUUACAAGCCUGGUCUUUCGCGCGCGCCUGCCCGGCUCGGCCGCCGCCACCUCCCUCCGCCACCACCACCAGCACCACCCACUGCACCCGCUGCGCGCACCGCAGCCCAGCCCGCUGCCCUGCCCCGCCCCGCUGCGCGGGUCGUUGCAGCAGCUGCCGUACAGCCUGCUGAGUCUGGCGGUUGACAUCCCGCCCUGGCGGCCGCGACUGGACGCCGCCGCCGCCGGCUGGGCGGAUCCCGGACCCGGGCCGGGGCCAAGCGCGGAAGGCACGGAAGCUGGCGGUCCGGACGCGCAGACUCAGAAGAGGAGGCGUGAUAGAGCUGGCGGUGGCGAGGCGGGCGGCGGUGUGUCAGCAGCAGGUGCGGCUGGCGGCGCCGCGGCCGGCCCGCCGCGGCUGAGGCUGCUGGCGUGUGCGCCGGACCUGCUGCCCUGCCUGCGCGAGCUGGGGCUGUCGGUUCGGGAGCUGCGAGGCCUCCGGCUCGUGACGCCGCCGUCACUGGCGAGCAGCGGCGCGGGCGGUGGCGCAGGUGGCAGUGGCGGGUGCUAUGGUGGCGGUUCUGGCUUCGGCGGGUGUGGCGGCUGCCUAGGCAUGGCGCCAGGUUGCAGCUCUGUUGCGGCGUGGGAGGCGGCGAUGCCCGCUUGCGGACCCAGCUGCGCCUGCGCCGCCGGGUGCGGGCUAAGCGGCGCCGACGGCGGCCCGGACCGCAUCCGCACGGCUGCAGGAGCGGCGGCGAUGGGGAUGAGGACUGGCGACGCCUUGACUUCGACCUGUUCGGCCGUGCGCCGCAACGGUGCCGGCGCCACCGGCGCCAGCGCCGAUUGGCAUGGCAAGGUUGGGCACGGGGGGGGCAGGGGAGCUCUGGAGGCGUUGGCGCGCUGUGCAGCGCUCGCCGCCAGCAGUCCACCGCACCCCGGCGCCGAUGCGGUGGCUGCGCUGCGGCUGCUGCCGGCGCACCUCAUCCCGCUGGCAGUGCCGCUGCGCGCGCCGUCGCCGCCCCUGCAAGCGGAAGCGGCGGCUGCAGCCGCUGUAGAAGCCGUGCCGGCGGCGGCGGCGGCGGCUGGGGGGCCGCCUGGUCUGGCGGGCGGCAGCGCAGUAGCAGACGUCGCCACGCGGUCCGAUGGGGCGGCUGUGAGGUCGCGGCACCUGAGCUACAUAGAGGUGUCAGCCCGGGUGAACCAGGAGUCGGCUGCAGCGCUGCUGACUAUACUGGAGCGGGCCGCCGCCGCCUCCCUCCAGGCGCAGCUGCGGUCAGGAGCAACCUCCGGCGCCGGGUACGAAGGCCGAGAACCGGCAUCUGAAGGGGGCUGCGACGGCGACGGCGGCGGCGGUGGCGGCGGCGGGCAGCUGUCGCUGAACCUGACGCUGUCACUGGAGCGCAACGUCAACGGCGCAGAGCUGCUGACAGACCUGGCAGCGCUGCAGGCAAAGUACGGCAGCAACGGCGUGAGCAACGGGCAUGGUCAUGAACACCGGGACGGCGGUCUGCAUGCUGCUGUCAGCGGCGGCAGCAGCGGCAGCAGCAGCAGCAGCAGCAGCAGCAGCCGCGAUGCGGGCGGCGGCCCUGGUGGCAGCGCCACCGGCGCCACUGGCGCCACCGGCACCUCUACCUCUGGUAUUGGCAUUCGGCACCUGGCGCUGUUGGACCUCUCGGCCCAGGCCACCGCCUUUCCCCGCGGAUACAGCAUCAGCGGCAUCAAUCGCAAUAGCAGCAACGCAUCCAAAACUUGUGCAAACGGCGCUGCGAAUGCUCAGCAGCAGCAAGCGGGGGGCACGGCAGCGGCAGCAGCGCCCGGCUUGCUGCCUCCGCCGCCAUCCCUGCCACCCUUCUUUCAGGCGCUGCUGGCUCUAGGCAGCUGCCUGACCACCCUGACGCUGCAGCCCGUGCGCAACAUGCUACGGCCGCUGGCGGAGGCACUCGGCAGUAGCAGCAGCAUCGUCAAUGGCAGUAGCAGCGGCAGUUGCAGCGGCUGCCCGGCGCUGCGGCUACUGCGGCUACACGACGUGGACGAGGAUGGGUGUAGCGCGGCGGAGCGGCCGCUACUGCCGCGCCUUGGGGAUCUGAUGCUAGCAUUUGGUGGCUGUAGCAGCACCGACAUCUGCAGUGGCAGCAGCAGUAGCAGCAGCAACAGCCAUGGCGGCUUGGGGAUGGACAACAGCUGCUUUGGCGGGGGCGUGCUGCUCGGCGACCAUGCAUCGCUCUUUGGCACGGAGGCAGCUGCUUUGGCUGUAGCGAGAGGUCAUGCAAUCGAAAUGGUUGGUUGUGAUAUUGAGACGGAGGGUGCUGCUGUUGCUGCUGCUGGGGCCCCGGGGGAAUCGAUCCUGAGUGGUGGGGAGGCUGGGUGCCAAGGCGCUGCUGGUGACGACGAGGCACGGCAGGCCGCAACGGGCGAGGGCCGCCAGGGCCAUUGCCGCCGGGACGACGCAAUGAGGGCGCUGGUGGUGCCUCAGCUGCAGCCGUGGGAGGUGGAGUGCCUGGGGCGGGAGGUGGAGGCGAUCAGUGGCGGCCGCUGCGCCUGCAUCCUGGUGAGGAGCUGAGGGAGGCACCCUACCACUGGCGUCUUCCCUUUGCUGUCAUUGUGGCGGACCAGAGAGAGAGGUAGACAUUAGUCUACUAGAGUCUGCUGCCUGCCCCAUGGCUGCGACGGUACAGGGUAAGGGGCAGGUUGGCGCGGCAAAUCGUGGGUGCGCCCAACCAGCCCCCAAUGAAAGCUGACCGAUG